AUGGACAACUCUGGCAUGCUCCGUGGACUGCUCUGCCUUGGCCUCGUGGCCGUCCUCUGUCACGGACAGACGUCGCAAGAAGUUUCCUCUGAAGACUUUGGAGUAGACCGAAGCGACGUGGGAGCAGAGAGAGAUUUUAUCGAGGCGAUGGAGCGCAUUCUAGGGAAGAUGCACGACCGCGUCUCGCCCCCAGAGAAGAGAGGCAUCCAAAUGUGCGGGAUGGGCGACAGGUGUGCCAUGAAAUUCGGUCCCCGCAUUGGGAAACUUUGUGACUGCGGCAGAGGGGCCAACUGCAACUCCUACCUCCUCAAGUGCAUCUGA